GAAGACAUGAUUGAGGACAUUGACCUCACACUCACCGGAGGACUUAGUUAACAGCUUGCAUUGCAUUGAAGCUUAAGCAACGUCUCAAUCCGACGACAACCACUUUACGAUUGCAGUCUCUCAGAAAAUCAAUCUCUGGUGGAAAAGGAGAAAACCCAAGUUCUGGGAAAUCAAAAUCGAGAUCGAAAUCUUGUCAAAAAAAUUUUCAAUUUGGGUGUAAUUUCUGAUUCGAAUUUGUUUCCGGAUUUCGGGUUUACGGCUUACUCCGAUGUUGGUUCAGGAUCGUGCGGCACCCAAGUUGCCGAAACCCCAGAUCAGAGCAUUGCCUACUCACCAGCAGAGCCACAGAUUCGCAGAUGUGAAAAACCUAGAUUUCUCGACAUGGGUUUCCGACAAUGUCUACAGAAUCGGCGUCUUCUUCCUCCUCAUCGUGACCGUCGCGGCUCUCUUCUUCCUUUAUAACACCACCGACACUGCCUCCCUCCUCUGUCUCCAGUCCCAGUCAACUCAGUCGCUUCAAUCUCUUACCCGCCCGCAAAUCAACUGGAAUUCGAUCCAAACCAUUGCCGACAAGACCUCCCCGUACGCCAGCUUCCGGUCGGAGAAGUGGAUCGUUGUAUCGGUGACGAAGUACCCAACGGAGGAGCUCAAGAGCUUGGUGAAGAUCCGGGGAUGGCAGGUUCUGGCGAUCGGAAACUCCAUGACACCGAAAGAUUGGAGCCUGAAAGGUGCGAUCUUUCUGUCUCUCGAUGCGCAAGCUGAAUUGGGUUUUCGAAUUUUGGAUCACUUGCCUUACGAUUCAUUCGUACGGAAGAGUGUCGGCUACUUGUUUGCCAUCCAACACGGUGCCAAGAAGAUCUUCGACGCAGAUGACCGUGGUGAAGUGAUCGAUGGAGAUCUAGGGAAGCAUUUCGAUGUAGAGUUAGUAGGUGAAGAUGCUAGGCAAGAGCCGAUUUUGCAGUACACCCACGAGAACCCCAAUAGAACUGUGGCCAAUCCAUAUAUCCAUUUCGGGCAACGCACGGUUUGGCCUAGAGGUUUGCCACUGGAGAAUGUAGGCGAGAUCAAUCAUGAGGAGUAUUACACUGAGGUUUUUGGUGGUAAGCAGUUCAUACAGCAAGGGAUAUCGAACGGGUUACCAGAUGUUGAUUCGGUGUUCUAUUUUACCAGGAAGACGAGUUUAGAACCGUUCGAUAUUAGAUUCGACGAGCAUUCUCCCAAAGUGGCUUUCCCACAAGGUAUAAUGGUUCCGGUGAAUUCAUUCAAUACCCUUUACCAUUCGUCAGCUUUCUGGGCGUUGAUGCUUCCGGUUUCGGUUAGUUCCAUGGCGUCAGAUGUGUUGAGAGGUUACUGGGGACAACGGCUUUUGUGGGAGAUCGGUGGAUAUGUUGCUGUUUAUCCACCUACUGUCCAUCGGUACGAUAGGGUUGAGGCCUACCCUUUCUCAGAGGAGAAAGAUCUUCAUGUCAAUGUCGGUCGUUUGAUCAAGUUCUUGAUUGCUUGGAGAUCAGGCACCCAUAGAUUGUUUGAGAAGGUUUUGGAUUUGAGUUUUGCAAUGGCCGAAGAAGGGUUUUGGACAGAACAGGACGUGAAAUUCACAGCUGCCUGGCUCCAAGACUUGCUUGCUGUCGGGUACCAACAGCCGAGGUUGAUGUCACUCGAAUUGGAUCGCCCACGGGCAAGCAUUGGUCACGGGGACAGGAAAGAGUUUGUCCCGAGGAAGUUGCCUUCGGUUCAUCUCGGGGUUGAGGAGAUAGGUACAGUGAGCACUGAAAUAGGGAACUUGAUCAGAUGGAGGAAGAAUUUCGGGAAUGUAGUGCUUAUUAUGUUCUGCAAUGGACCCGUCGAGCGGACCGCUCUGGAAUGGAGAUUGCUUUACGGGCGCAUAUUCAAAACCGUGGUCAUUUUGUCAUCUCGGAAGAACUCAGAUCUUUACGUCGAAGAAGCCAGUCUCGAUCAAAUUUACAAGCAUAUGCCGAAGAUAUUUGAUCGGUAUAGCAGCGCGGACGGGUUUUUGUUUCUUGAAGACGAUACAGUUCUCAAUUACUGGAUCUUACUUCAAGCCGAUAAGACGAAACUGUGGAUCACCGACAAGGUAUCAAAGUCUUGGACAACGGUAAAACCGGCCGGGAACUCAGACUGGUAUUCCGUUCAGACAGACUUGGUGAAGAAAAUCGUCGGCACCAUGCCUGUCCAUUUCCAAGUCAAUUACAAGGAAGCAGCCGCCACCAAGAACAGCCAGGAAAUCCUAACGGUAUGCAGCUCGGAGAUAUUCUACGUGCCGAAACGCUUUGUAUCGGAUUUCGUCGAUCUUGUCAAUCUCGUGGGAGAUCUGGAUCUGCAUUACAAAGUAGCCGUGCCCAUGUUCUUCAUGUCGAUGGAUUCGCCUCGGAACUUCGACCCGGUACUUAGUUCGAUGGUUUACAAGCGGAAGCCGCCUUCCUCGAACUCUUCUUCGUCGCUCUAUUCCGCUCAAGCGGCGGCGGUUCACCCGUGGAGCGUAUCCGAUGAACGGGAUUUCAUCGGGUUGGUACGAGUGAUGGCCGAGGGCGACCCGCUCCUGAUGGAACUGGUAUGACUCGGAAGUGGAACAUGAAUUUUUUUUUUUUAACGGGUUUCAGAGUAGAGUAAAACAGAUUUACCACAUGGGUAAAAACAUUUAUACAAGAUCGUGUUUUGGAUUGUAUUCUUUUUUCUUUUUACUAUUUUUUUUUUGUUGGGUGGAGGGUGUUUUGUAAUUUCCAUGUAAUCUUACAUUUUGUUAUUUUUGUAUAAUCAUCCUUGUUCA